AUGCGCUGUCACCAAGUACUCACUGGAGCCGUCAAUCGUGGCACUUGCUGCUUUUCUACAGUGUCAUUCGAAGAGGAAGAUUACAUUGUUUACGCGUCGGGAUGCAGAGUCGUUGUUUUGGAUCGCCUCUUGCAGAAAGUGCAGACUAUUCACACGACAGACGUCUCUCAGUACACUUCCCUUGUAGACUGUGUUACUGGAAGUCACGUGACUGGCUUGAUUGCAGCGUCUUGGUCUAGUAAAGUGUAUCUUCUUUCUCCAUAUGAGACAAUUAUAGAAAGGAGCAAUGGAUUGAAGUGGGCGAUCCAAGCAGUUUUGGAACCCAAAGAUGUAGUCUCAAGUUUGUGUUUUAACUAUAAAGGUGAUAGCCUUCUUAUUGGAAGUUGUCGAGGCAUUAGUCUAUGGGUAUCAUCUGUGGAUACCUCAAAUGAUGACGUCAUCACAGUGUCUAUCCAAGGAAUAACUGGGAGAGAAGAAGCUCCUCUGUGUUGGGAUGAAGUCUGGAAGACAAGUGUGAUGUCUCCCAUUCUGUACAUUCGAUUUUCUCCUGACAGUCUCUUGUUUGCCUCUUUGGGAGAAAAUGAUAAACUACUGAAAGUGUGGUACAAAAAGACUUGGGAAUUAAGUGGCAACUCGAAAGACAUGCCAAUUGCAUAUGAUUUUGUGUACCUUGCACAUCCUAUGCCUGUCAUCAACUUGUCCUGGAGGGAGAAGAGUCAUCUAUUGCCAGGUGGUGUUCUGCCCAACGUUCUGCUAACUUCGUGUGAGGACAAUAUUUGCCGCAUCUGGGCUCAAACACCUAAUCUUGACCCCCAGCACACCCACCAAUCUAUUGAUGUAGACAGCAGCUUUGCUAUCGGUGCCGAUUUCAAAUUUCACAUUGCAGCGAUUAUUGAUCCUGAUAAUGACAUUCCUCUAUUACCUGAUGUGAGUCGUGGUCAAGAUGUUCCCCUUACUAUUCACUGGCUCAACAACAAAACUUGGAUGUACAAUGCUGUGAUUGAGAGAAAUCUUAGCAGCUAUUUUGAAGACAGACUGACUGGCAAUGCAAGUGUGUCUAGAUCAUCAUUUGAUUCAUUAACUGCAGCUGAUUAUGAGUCUGUACAGUUGGAAGUAGAUGUUAGUGAUGGUAGUGGUGUGAGUUGUGCACCAUCUUCUGUUCCUUUGAAGACAUUGACAGUGCCAACACAAAGAAAAGGAGCUAUAUCUCCAGCAAGGGAAGCAGCACUUCAAGCAUUAAAACAGAGCGAUGUGAAAUAUGGAUCAACACGAGCAAGCAUUCGUGAGGAACAAGAAGGAGCUUCGCUUAGACAAUCAAUAGGAAAUGUACUGAAAGAUUGGCGUCGGACAUCUGAUAUGGUGUUUGCUGUUUAUCCAACUGAUGGCUCAUUGUUGCUGUGGCAGCUUGAUCAUCUUGAUGAUCUUAUGCCGUCCCUACGCCUCGUCCAUGUUAGCUUCUCAUCUCGGUUGCCGUUUAGUUUUCCUUUGGAAGAUGCAUAUUCCAUGUCGCCAGAGCUUAUUCUUCUCUCACACAUUGAAGCUUUUUCAGUUGGUCAUCCUGUUGCUCAGUUCUCACCUCUUCGAAAGAGUAGCACACGUGAGCUGGGUCAUCAUGCUUCCAACGUGUCACUUGCUCGAAGCAGUGCAUUUUCCUCUCUUCAGCAACUUAGUUUUCGUAGCUCAAUGGAGGAAGCUUAUUGCUCGUCGCCAUACCCAUGGUUGUCUCUCUUUUCUCGGCAUUUGGAUGGAUCAAUUAAUUUGUGGCAUGUUGAGCUUGGAGACGAUCCAUUGCGCAUUUGUUGUGUUGUUCAUCGUCGUCGCUCUGCUGGGCAUCGGUUUGGAACCACCAAGUUAGUUGUUCACCCUACGUUGCCAAUUGUUUUAACUGCAGCUCACAUAGAAGACCUGUCAUUGAGUUUUAGCAUGUCAGGCAGUGAAGAAUUUCAGUUAGUUGAUAGUUUGUCAGACAUUCAAAGCAAAACAAGUGAACUUAUUUUAUGGGAGACCAGGAGUGUCGGUUCUUUAGCUCAGCACAGUGCACUUGAUCAGCUGGCGGUAGUCAGUUCUGGUCAGUUGAGUGCUUUUACAUCAAUUGCUUGGAUACCUGCUGCUGUGCCUUCGUGUGACGAUCUAAGCAAUCGUUUGUGUGGGAGCUUGUUCUUGGCAAAUGAAGACGGUAGUUCGAUGUUGUAUUUUCACUUGGCAUUGGUAGAUGCUGCUAAUCUGUUAUAUCACUCUCACUGGAUAAAGAAGGAAGAAGUCAAGCACUACCGAUCAACGAGUUUGUCGAUGUCAUCAACUGACAGCGAUCUAGAUAUGGGUGAUGAAGAGAAGCCUGCAGUUGUCAGUCUAGCUGAUGUUGCGACUGUUAUUUCUACUCAGUCUGGUCAUCGUCCAGGCUGCAUUAUUAAGCUAGGCCUUCUUGAUGAAACAAGCAGUCGCCUCUUUCGAUUUUCAUCCAUUGUAUUUCUUCAUGUCUUUUGUAGUAGCAGUUUUUCACCGAAUGUGCAUCGUGCACUACAAAAUCAAGCAAGAAUGAAAAACAGUAUUCUUACAAAAUCCGUUAUUGGAUCUCAGGAGUUCUACAUUGUUGCUAUUAGCAGUGCAUUGCAGCGCUCACAAGCACAUCUCGGCGACCGACUUAUUCGGUUUCACAUGUGGUACGUUCAAGUGAGUCCAUAUGCUAAGCCUGAAGAGAAGUCUGACAAGCAGGAGUCAACCGGAGAGUCUGCUGCUCAACCCGCUGCUACACAAAGUUCUUCUGACGGCACCAUUCCAAUUCCUAAUGUUGAGUCUGUGUACUUGGGUGCUCAGGAAUUGAACCUUCCCAGUGGGGUGACCUUGGAGCACGUUACAACGAUAGCAAACAAGAAGCAGGCAUUUUUCUAUGAACUUGUUUCUAAGCCUGCUCUCUACCUUAUCACUACUCUUUUCUCUGAUGGUCAAGUCAUGUCUUGGACAUGUCAGCUGUGUAGUAGAAGGGACGACAGCAAAGAUCGAUAUUUUGAGUGGAAGGAGUGGCCAGACAAGUUGAGUGGCAUCAAAUCAAAUGCAAGCAUCAAUGUGAAUGGAACUGUCAGUUGUGAAGCUGUUGCAGUAAGUAGCCCUUGUUGUGCUCUUUUGGCUUGUGGCCAUCGUUGUACAAAAUCUGACUGCUCCGACGUUGUUGUAUCAAUUUGGCAAUGUCGCAGUACCGGAGGUGCAUCAUGGAUGUUAGCUGAUUUGAUUACUGUUGACAAGAUCAAAGGAAGUUUAACUGAGAAGAAACCUCGGCUUGCUUUGGAUUGGGUGUCCGUUGAGGAUGGAAGUUUUGUCUUAGCUGUGGCCACUCAGCGUGGCAUCAUGCUGCUAGCUGAAUGUUUCAGAGACAACAAACGUUCAUCAGAAAACAGUGCAGAAACCAGAUUUCACUCAGAGAGUUGGGAUUGUUUGAGGUUUAUUGAACUGGAUAGUGACAAUGUGCAUAGCUCAUCUCUUGGAUUGGCCUGGACGGGCACUGGCACUCUCAUUCUUGCUUCACAGUCAGAGCUGCAAGUUUUGUCUCAGUGGACAAAAGAGGCUAAGUCUAAUACCAUAUCUGUACUUUCUGUUUUAUCCAAGGUACCAAGACAGAAGGACACUCAUUCUAUGGCAUACGAUGGAAGUAUGUUUGAGCAGGCAGCUGCUAUGACUCCCAUGCUCAUUCAGUAUCAUCCCGACCAACUUCUGCAGUUGUUGAGUGCGGGCAAGUUGCAACGAGUACGAGCUAUCUUAGGAAAUCUUGUUGUAUGUCUGAGAGAGAGAACUCUUGGAGAUGAAAGUAGACAACGCAAGUUAAGUGGCACCAAUUUGCCUCGUCCACGGCUUGGAUCAUUGGGAAAAGUACUUAGUCUUACAGUUUGUCCUGGAGAGAAAGCUCAAACAUAUGAAUGUAUUGAAUCUAUUACCCCACUCUCGCUUACUGAUCUCGUACUUAGCGAUCAUACAAACUUUCAGACUCAAGAAGUAAACACAACCAAUAACAAUUCCAGUACAACAACCUCAGAUGGAAGAUUUAUUGGAGAUGGUCAAUAUGAGAGUCUUUUUUCACGACCUUCACUGACUGAUGAGUUUAUCGAUGGCAUGUGUGAAGGUGAAGAAGAACAAGAUGAUAUUGACCCUAUAAAACCUGGACAUUUCUCACCCCAACAUUCAAAGUGGCUCGCCAAUCAGCUGACACGAUUUCAACUUCCUGGUCUCUCUAAUGUUGAUCAAAUUCGACUUCUUGCUGUAGCUGAAACAGUUGCGUCAACUCAGGGCAGUUUUAAGGGUGAAUCGAGUAAUCCAUUGCCUCUUUUAUCAUCAGCUGCAGGUGCAGGCUACGCGCAGGCAUCUGGUAAAGACACAAGCAGUGUUGAUGACUGUGGACUGCGCUGCCUGCUGUCUCUACACUUCUAUCAGUGUUUGCUCAAGUCUCUUCCUCCAACAAUGAGGAGCAAGGCAGCAAAGCAAGGUCUUGCAUCAUCCGACUUUGCGUGGGCUUUCCACUCAGAGUCUGAAGAAGAACUGUUGAGUAUGGUUCCUGCUCUUCAAAGGUUGAAUUUGUCUUGGGCUGAUCUGAGGGCUGUCGGAAUUGGCUGGUGGGUGCGAAGUGAUGAUCGGUUGAGAAGAUGUGUUGAAAAAUUAGCAAAAGCCCAGUUUCAGAAAGCUCAGCAACCUCUUGAUGCUGCUUUGUUCUAUCUUGCAAUGAAGAAAAAGACGUUGUUGGCAGGACUUUUUAGGACUGUGAGGGAUACACGGAUGACUCAAUUCUUUGGUCAUGAUUUCAGUGAGGACAGGUGGCAUCGGGCAGCUCUGAAAAAUGCAUUUGCUUUGUUAAGCAAACAGCGCUUUGAACAAGCAGCUGCUUUUUUUCUACUCAGUGGCUCACUCUUUGAUGCAGUAGAAGUGUGCAUUCAUCAGCUAAAUGAUAUCCAGCUAGCGCUUGUUAUUUCCAGAAUGCAUGAAGGUGAUACAGAUCGUGGCCCAAUGGUUAAACAUAUCUUGAACAAAUAUGUUCUUGGUCGUGUAUCUGAUCUCAAACCGACAGCUCAACCAGAAAAAGCUUCUGAUGAUGUCUUCCUAAGGAGCAUGGCUCUUUGGAUGCUGAAAGAGUAUUCCGCUGCAUUGGAUACGCUUGUUGAGAGGUACAAACAGCCGGGACAUGACAUGAUGAAUGAUUCGUUGUCUCCUGCUGUGUACAACUUUUAUCAUUAUUUGAAGAAGCAUCCUUUCCUGUUACACCGUGAACAUGCCGACAAAAUGUCUCUCAAUAUUUCUAGUGGACUUCUCAUUGAAGUAGCAUCUGAUAGAAACACACAGUUGAAAAAUGUUUCUUUGAAUUUGCCAGAAGUGAGAAGUCAGGGUCAGCAGCAGUCUGGUGUUGGAAGAGAUGAUUCUGUUGAUGCCGAAAGGCAUCUUCUCUUUAGUGCUUCAUACAACCUUUUAACUGCUGGUUGCCCAAUGUUGGCUUUUGACUUUUUAAGUCAUUUACCAGCUGUUGUAGAAGAUGAAGUUGAGCUAGAAACUCCUCAACAAUGUGAUAGCCAAGUGGAUACAAACCUACAUCUUGAUGAGGCUCUAUCUGAUGAGCCCAAUGGUCUCACAUCUAAUAAAACCGUUCCUUUUGUGGCAUCUGAAGACAGAAGUGAUGCAUUUGAUUGGAGUCGGCCAGUAUCUGAGGUUGGUUCUCCACAGAAGAGCGUUGCCUUUGACUGGAGUCAGCCAUUAGCAAGGGAGUUGGAAGAGAUGGAUUCAUUUGAAUUGAGUCAAGAAGUUCAAUCUCGUUUGGAUGCUGAUGAAACUGAGAUUGGCUUAAACAGAGUGGGAUUGAGCAAUCAGCAUAAAGAUGGCAACAAGAAGUGUGGUGCAUAUGCAUGUAGUCCUGUUGCUUUGGCAGUUGCUGUGCAAAUGAAAUUCCAUUGCUGUAUUGCACUGAUGAUUGAUCAGUUUCGGAGCUUGCCCAUACAGGCUCUACGCGAUGCUGAAAUCUCAGACAUAGAAUAUCAUAGGUCAAAAGGGAUUAUGUGUGAUGCCAGAUCUGGUUCUGCACUGCGUAUUCUGUUCAGCAAUACCCUGAUGACUGAGCUCAAUAUAUUACAAGAUUACUGCAGAUUGACUGGAGAAGGUGAAGCGGUCAAAGAAAAAUCCGAUUUUAAUCGCUUUAAGAAUAUGCAGUUACUAGUUCACAUGCUUUACCUACUCGCACAUUACUGCAGUCUCCAUGGAGCUGCUGGCAGUGGCUUGUUGUCUCUUGAGAUGGAGAGCAUUAUUCUUCUGCAAGAUGUCGUGGCUUUGCAAUCACAUACGAAACUUCCUCGUCAACAAAUCUCAGAAAUGCCACCUCUUAGUCUUUCUGCUUUUAAUCUCUUGCCGUUGCAUAUCAGUCCAUUUCAUAUAGUUAAGACAAUUACUGAUGAUCUUAUUCAGCAUGUUACCAUGUGUAAUGAGUUGCCAUCUUCAACCCUGCCUUUGCAGCAACUUGAUGUGAUGAAGAAUCUCACCUCAAUGUUGUCAGUGUGUGUCCUGCAGUGUACAUCAGCUAGGAGAGCUUGGCAUCAGGCAGACAAUAACGAUCUUCGAAUUAGAUCUCCAACUCAUCGUUCGUAUGUGCGACAACUGAUAGAGGAAGCAAACAGUGAUUUAGCAAGUACUCAAACAACAGGGGCUCAAUCAGAUAACAGUCCAACUAGAGGAAGGCGAAAGAGAAGUGCCCAUGUGAGUGAAGGAGAUCUGGCUGCCAUUCAGUUACCUGCUCGACCUACCUCUAUACCUUCAAACUGGCCAGGUGUGAAAGAAUGGCCAUCUGCUUUGGAAUCGGCUGAGAAACCUCUCUCAAUCUCAUUCUCUGUUUUGCUUGGUGAAGCAACAGUUGCUAUAUAUCUUGCUUUGUUGGCUGCAGCAGCAGCAGAACAUAAAGCUGAAGAUCUAUUGCUGUUACUACUAAACUCUCCUGCUGCUCUUAUGUGGGGCAGGACGUUUGGAGGCGGUGCUAAAAUGUCUCACCCUGUUGCAAGCCAUGGUAGUUUUGAGUCAUCAACAGAGAGGUCUACUGGUGGAGGCUCACCUUUUGGCAAGUGGAGAUCUAUGAGUCGUGGCAGGAUGACACCAGAAAUGGACAUAAAGGAGGUGUUUGUAUCACCACAAAUUACACUCAUAGAGUAUUUUCUUACACCGAGUCGCCAAAAGCUAAGCAAGGGGAAUUUGACUCUUGACUUGAAUUUAUUUCACAAACAUAAUGCCAAUGAUUCAGAUGAUGAAGAUGAUGAAGAUGAUGAAGAUGAUGAAGAUGAGACAGAUAACAAAACUGGCACACCAAAGAUCCAUGAUGACCCAGAAAGUUUUGCUUGGUGUUUAAUGCGUUUGAGUAUUGUUCGCACAGUGGUGAGGCAUCUCAAGACUUUUGUGCCAGUAUGUGGAAUAGACAUAGCAGAUCUAGCCGGAACAUCUCCCCUUCUUCACUCUGCAUUUCGUGCUGUAGAGAACUGGGAUUCUCAAUGUACUUCCAAGCUCAACAAAUUAGGAGAUCCACCUAGUGAUUUAAUUGACAUCAACCCUAAAUUUCGGUCAGCAGAACAACCUCCACUGCUCAAACACAAGUCUUUACUUGAACCGUCAAACUCACCGUUUAGAUCACAGUCUCAAGCAGCCUUGGCUGCCAGUCAACUAUGGCAAUAUCUAGUUAGACUGGAUCACUUACAUGAAGUCUUUGUACAUUACAUAUUUCCACCAGAGAAAAGUGCUAUUGACCUGGUUGCUGAAGAGGAAGAGAUGCCAUUGCAAGCGAAAGUCAUACAUCAAGAGACAGAUACAGUGAACUGCUUCUGCUUGAAUAAGACAAACCCGAACUGUUUGAUACUGGCAAGUCAGAAAGAGAUCACUGAGGUUGAUGUGAGUAUGAUGUUGGCAUUGGAUCCUCUGGCUUGGUUGGAAGAGGGAGGACACCAACCUAAUCCUGUACGGGUUGUCAAAGGCAGUAAUGUGAACAUAGCAGGAGAUGAUGAUGGUUUCAUUGUGGUUCACACUGCUCGUGCUGGUAAAAGAGCAACCAGUCCUGGACACAGUUUUCAAACAGGAACCAUGGCAUCUACACUUCAUCGUCGUUCUGUCCAAGGAAUGAGACGAAUGGAAGCUCACCCAACUCUUCCAUAUUAUAUCACUGGAUCUUCUAGUGGGGUAGCUUGUAUGUGGGAAUGCAACCACCCAGACGUACUUGCUGUUCAUAGAGGACUUGGAUCAAAAGUCAGUCGAGUUCAUUUCAAUCAUUUUGGCAACAAGUAUGGCGUGGCAGCUGAUGGGAAGCUGCACUUGUUUCAGUGUGGAGUGAAUAUGGCAUCAAACAGUGCGUACCAGACUGUAGCUUGUUACAAGAGAUCAUUGAAUGACUUUCUGUUUGUGAGCUCAUCUAGCUUUCUUGCAGCAGCCGGUGUGUCAUCAAAUGGAAGAAAUGUUGGUCUUUGGGAUACGUUAGUGCCUCCAACCAAAGCACUUGUCAAAGGUUUUCUGUGUCAUGAUGGUGGAGCAUCUGUUGUAGCCUAUGCACCUGGAUCACAGCUGCUUUUGUCAGGAGGACGCAAAGGCGAUCUCUGUUUGUUUGACGUUCGGCAACGCUGUCUCUUGCAGUCGUUCAGUGCUCAUAAUGAUUCUGUGGAGUGUCUCGUUAUUCAUGACUCUGGGCGUUUCUUUGUGACUGGAGCAGCCAAUGGUGAUGUUAAAGUUUUUCAUCUCAAGAGCUUCAAGGAAGAGUAUGUGUUUGAAAAUGAGCAUGGACGUGGUUCAAGCUCAUUUCUACGUGGUGAUGCAUUGAGUGGAGUCACUCAAUUGUACUUGACUCAUGACUGCCGUUUGUUCUCAUCUGGAACAGAUGGGACAAUAAAAAUGCGGACAUUGGAUGUAUAGCAAAUAGGCAAUCAGUUAUGUAGACCCUCGGGAGACGUAAUGUGGGAUGUGGUGUAAAAAAUUUAUGAACAUACAGAAUGAUCCGUGACUGAUUCAGGAGUUGUAUUUUUCAAAUAUUCUUCCCUUUUCAAUUAUAAAACAAAGUCUUUACUGAAAAUCAAGUUGUUUGUACGCAGUAACUGGAUCACAUAGUGAUAACAUCUGCCUACCUAGUGUGUAGGUGUUGAUAGAGACGGCAGUCCUGUUGAUGGUUUAGCUAGAG